AUGGGACCCUUCUCUGGGGGCCCCCAAAGGGUACUGCCGCGGGCAGGGGGCCCUCUGCUGCUGCUGGGGGCCCCCCGGGCUCCAGCGGUAGCUGCCAUAGGUGUACGCGCUCGGGCAGCGGCAGCAGCAGCAACUGCAGCAGCAGCAGCAGCACCAGCUGCAGCAGGAGCUGCAGCAGCAGCAAGCCCAGCAGCAGCAGCAGGUGGGCUGGUGCCCGUAUUUCCCGCUUCAUCUGGUCCUUUUGCUUCCAGACUUCCCUUCGGUCUUUUCUCCGCAGCUUCAAGAAGCCUCAGCAGCAGCAGUAGCAGCAGCAGCAACAGCAGCAGCAGCAGCAGGAGGCCCCAUUUAUUCGGCCGUCGUGCAAGAAGCCGUUCCUACGACCCUCCCCUCUCUGCUGAGUUUGCUGCAGAGGAGCGGAGACAGCGAAUGGCCCGGUCGCCCUCUACAACUGGGGGCUGGUCCCCUUCGUGGACUCCUUACAAACCCCCAGCAGCAGCAGCAGCAGCAGCAGCAGGAACAGCAGCAGCAGCAGCAGCAGCAAACGACCCCUCGUUGAAGGCGCCCUCUGUUGGCUACACGGUGCCUUACACUUUCCGAGUCGAAGACACUGUGACUCCUGAGGAAAAAAGAGCCCUUAGGCUGCACCCGCUGAGUCGGCCCGCGAGCCCCUUUUUGAGCUAUUCGGAUUUCUCUGGAAAUCGCCUUCCCACUUUGGACACUGCGGAGAACAUGAGGUACUGGAAAGACGCGGGCCUGGACCGCCUGCUGCCCCGCGUCUUCCCGCUGCAGCUGCAGCAAAGCCGGCGGCUGCAGCCUUUGCUGCGGGAACUCAUUUUCGCGCUGCACCAAAUGGACCCCCGCAGGUUCAACAUCCACGCACUUGCUGCCAGAUACAGCCUGAAGGAGUCUACAGUGCGUCGAGUAAUAAAAGAAUUCAGUUUGAGCGAAUUCCUGCGGAAGCACAGGCUGGCCAAAGAGUCCACGCGGCGGCUGAGCCGGGCAGAGGCAGUUUUGAAAAUGAAAGAAAUAGUUUUUAGUCAAAAGCUUGGCUACGAAGAAAUGGGGACGGAAGAAAUCGACUCUCAAGAAGAAAACAAAUUCGAAGGAUGGAAAAGCACUUUUGACUGGGUUAUGCGGCAGCACAUUGAAGUGGAGACUAUGUCUGCUUUCCCUCUUCCAGCCAAGAGGCAGCGUCAGCUGCAGCAGCAGCAGCAGCAGCAGCGGGCAGCGCUUUGCUGA